UUAUAAUAUACGAAAAGCCAUUUAGCGGCUAAAAUAAAUAAUAAACUCAUUCAUUUUACCACACACAAAAAUUGACAAAAAAAAAAGCCAAUUAUAAGGUACAUGUCCCUCAUUCACUCCCUCUCCCUUCUCUCUCUCUCUCUCUUGAGAAUAUCUCUCUUCCAAGCUUCAUCUCCUUCCUUGCAUGCAGCUCUACAAGAAACAGGCUCUUUAAGGUUGCUUUUUUCCCUUCCAUGUAAUAAAAAAGGGAGAGAGAGAGGGAGAUAGGAAAGGAAAGAAGAAAAACGAUGAAGGAGACGAUCAGGUGCUGCAUCGCAUGCAUUUUACCGUGUGGAUCACUGGACGUGAUCAGAAUCGUACACUCGAACGGAUACGUGGAGGAAAUCAGUGGCUCCAUCACAGCCAAAGAGAUCAUGAGAGCCCACCCAAAGCACGUCCUCAGAAAACCCUCGUCUCCUCCUCCGUCAGAUUCCGUCGAUCGCCCCCGUGAUGAUGUCAUCUCCGCCGCCAAGAUCGUCGUCGUCCCUCCCGACGCCGAGCUCCAACGCGGCAAGAUCUACUUCCUCAUGCCCGUCUCCUCCUCCGGUGACGUUGGCGGAGGUAACACCGGAAAAAACGUUCGGGCGGUGAGUAAGAGGAGAGACGGAAGUAACGGCGCCGGCAAUCGCCGUCACGGGCGUAACGGCGUUAGUGAUGGGUUUAACGGAGAGAAAAAUAAUGAUAAUUAUGAGAAGAAUAUGUCGCUGUUGAUUUCGGACCGUUACUUGACGGAGAUAUUGUCGGAGAAAGUGGCGACGCAGAGGGAUCGGCGGCGAGGACGCGUCGGCGUUUGGAGACCGCACUUAGAGAGCAUAUCAGAGACUGAAAACGACGCCGUUUCAGUGAACCAUUUGUCAGUAAAAUAGUUUUUUUUUGCCUUUUGAUUUUUGGGCUGUCUACUUAUUUUUUUUUCUCAAAGAAGAUCAAUACAUAAGACUUCUUCCAAUUAUAAUAUUUAAAAGAAAAAUAAAUAAAUUUUCCAAUUUAGAGAAUUAUUGAUAUAGGCAUUCAAGUGUA